CAGGACGCUUGACCGAAUUUUGCCGACAAAUUUUGAAUAAGAAUAACGUCAACGACCUCAGAAGAGGAAUUAAUGAUUAUGAAAUGCGCGAACUUGAACGUGCUCUCAAAGGCAUCAAAAUCCGAGUUACGCAUCGCGGUGAUCGUAAAUUAGUAAUUAAGGUGGAACGACUCUCUUCUAAAGCUGCGGAUGAUCUUUAUUUCAAUAAUGAAAAAGAAGGUCGAGAUAUGUCCGUUUCCGAAUACUUUGAAAAAAAUUAUAAUCGUAGACUUGAAUUCAAAUCUCUUCCUUGUAUCAUGGAUAAAAAGAAGAAUUAUAUUCCUCUUGAAGUAUGCGAGAUAUUAAAUAGUCAACGCUAUGAAAAAUCUCUUAGUGAUAAGACCAAAGCAGACAUGAUAAGAAAGACUGCUAUGCCCCCUCAAGGUCGAUUUCGUCAAAUAGAAGAAGGUAUUCAUCAUAUCUUUGAUUAUAAAAAUGAUGAAAAUCUUAAAGAUUUUGGCAUAGAAAUCGACCCAAAAAUGAUGGUCAUUGAAGGAAGAGUUCUAGAUACUCCAAAAGUGAGAUAUGCAAGAGAUGAAUUCGUACCUCAAAACGGCCGCUGGAACCUGAUAAACAAAAUCUUUGUUAGAACUAGGACGUUGGUCAACUGGUCCAUUCUUGUGUUGGAUCAACGUGCCAACAAUCAGGUUAAAAAUUUCGCUAGAGAGUUUAAAACUACUCUGAUUGAAAGAGGGAUGGAUGUGCAAACAGAUCCUGCAAUCGAAUACGGAAAUAUACAAGGAGACUUUAGAAAA